GCGAGAUGGUCCCUCGCCGUGUGCCCGUCUGACGUUUCAGCUGUUGGAGUAACGGUUGAGUCGAACUCGAGUGUAUCGUCCAUCGACUCUGACGAUGAACUUGACCGGUUUCGAUUUCGAGAAUAAAAUCAACGCGUCCGACAACUUGACGGAGAGCGAGAUAUGGGAAAAGUUCUCCUCGAUGAGUCAGAGCAAAGCGAUUUUAGCGUCGGUCCUUUUGCUCUUCUCGAUGGCCACGGUCUUCGGGAACAGCCUCGUCAUCGCUGCAGUCGUCCGCGAGCGUUACUUGCACACCGCGACCAAUUACUUCGUCACCUCCCUCGCUUUCGCCGACUGUCUCGUCGGCCUGGUGGUGAUGCCAUUUUCGGCCAUAUACGAAGUGUUCCAACACAAUUGGUUUUUCGGGCUCAACUGGUGCGACGUCUGGAGGUCUUUGGACGUCCUGUUCAGCACGGCUUCCAUUUUGAACCUUUGCGUCAUAUCUUUGGACAGGUACUGGGCCAUCACUGAUCCUUUUAUCUAUCCGUCGCGAAUGAGCGAUCAUCGCGCCUGCAUACUCAUCGCCGGAAUCUGGAUCUGCUCGGGAGCAAUCUCGUUCCCGGCAAUUCUCUGGUGGCGAGCCGUGAGGACCGAAACGGUCCCGGUCUCCAAAUGCCCUUUCACAGACAAUCUCGGCUACUUGAUAUUCUCUUCCACAAUAUCCUUCUAUCUGCCUCUAUUCGUCAUGGUCUUCACCUACUACAAGAUCUAUAGGGCCGCCGUGGAACAGACGAGAUCGUUAAAAUUGGGCACCAAACAGGUCAUGAUGAACUUCACCAGGGGAGAAAUGGAACUGACACUCAGGAUCCAUCGCGGCAAGGGGCUCGGGUGUGAAACCAUCGACAAGGAGCUGUCUGACGACAUGGACGAAGAAAAAACCUUGUCCCUCAAUGGCACUUCUAAAAACCAGAAAGACCCCAACAAUAAAAAUAACGAGAAUUUCGUCCAAGGCCGCCAUCUCGGAAAGAACUUUUCCUUGAGUAGGAAACUGUCCAAAUUCGCCAAAGAGAAAAAAGCCGCCAAAACUUUGGGCAUAGUCAUGGGAGUAUUUAUUAUCUGCUGGCUUCCAUUUUUCGUCGUCAACCUCUUGUCUGGAUUUUGCACUUACUGCAUUUACGAAGAGGAACUCGUGUCGGCUAUAGUUACUUGGCUUGGAUGGAUCAACUCUGGAAUGAACCCUGUCAUUUACGUCUGCUGGAGCAAAGAUUUCAGAAGAGCUUUUGCAAGAAUACUGUGUAUAUGUCAAAGUGAAAAGGCAAGGCAUCGUUACAGAGGUGCCCUUAGAGCAAAGUACAGCCAGUGUUAUGGUGCUCAUUCUAUGGUACUUGCACCGGCCUCUGUUACCUACUCAACAGUAUGUCAGCAUGAUAUGUAUGCCAUAUAAAAGCAAAUACUUGUGUAGUUUAAAAGCGUAAAAAUAAAAUUUAAUUUUUUAUAAAAAUGAAGUGUUUAAAUAUUAUUCAUUCAUUUAUCUGUAAACUUACC